AUGAACUUAAUCAGCUGAUUGUCUUCCAAGCGUCAAAAAAGUAUUUGUCAAUAACGUUUAUAAUUGAGUGAGUUUUGAUUAAUAAAAUAAAAUAGUGCAUCGUAGGAAUAAAAAAUACGAUGAUGGAUAUGAAAAGUAACGUAAGUUUUACGUGCCAGAGAUGCUUACAACCAUUGAGAUUAGAUUCCAGUUUUAACUAUCUAGGAGAACAUACUUUGGCUGAACUCUCACUACCCCUUCAGCAACAAGUCGUUGCAGAAUUAGAGCCUGCGAGUGGUAGUUUGGAACAUUCAGUACAACCGUUCAGAUUAACAGAAUCAGGAAAUGGGAAUAAUGGUUUCAUGCUGGUUGGUGAUACUGGUGAAUCAGAAAAUUUAAGUCAUCAUUUAAAAGUAAGAGCGACACUGUUUGAUAUAUUAAGCAGUAGUAGUUCUGCAGAUCAUCCACUUUGCGAUGAAUGUACAGACAGUUUGUUGCUGCUAAUGGAUCAGCAACUACGAAUGACAGAAGGCGAAUGGUCGGACUAUAAUGAAUAUUUAAAAAAAUUAGAAUCUGAACAGCAACAAUUGGGAUACGAAGAUAUUGAGAUGGAAAAUUUAACUAAGGAAUUACAAGAUGCUAAAUCGGAAGAGGAAAGAAUGAUAAGCGAAUUGGAAGCUUUGAGAAAAGAAGAAUCAGCUACGAGAAAUGCUAUCGCUGAACAAGAGAAAGAAAGAGUCAGAUUGCAAAGCGAGGAAGAAAGAUAUUGGAGAGAAUACUCAAGACACAAACGAGAUCUUAUGUUAAGUGACGACGAGUGUCGAAGUUUGGAGUGUCAAUUGGCCUAUGCAGCUUCUCAACUUGAAAGACUGAAGAAAACAAAUGUUUUCAAUGCUACAUUUCACAUUUGGCAUUCAGGACAUUUUGGAACUAUUAAUUCAUUUCGUUUAGGACGUUUACCUAGUGCACCCGUUGAUUGGAGCGAAAUCAAUGCCGCAUGGGGACAAACAACUCUUUUAUUAGCAUCACUCGCAAGAAAAAUGAAUUUGACUUUUAAACGCUUUCGUUUAGUACCAUUUGGUAAUCACAGUUAUAUCGAAGCAUUAGAUCAACAUAGAGAACUUCCUUUGUAUGGAAGCGGCGGUGUCAAAUUUUUAUGGGAUACGAAAUUCGAUGCAGCUAUGGUUGCAUUUCUCGAUUGUUUACAACAAUUUAAAGAACAGGUUGAAAAGGGAGAUAGUGGAUUUUGUUUACCAUACAGAAUGGACCGUGGUAAAAUAGAAGAUUCUGCUACAGGAAACUCGUACUCCAUCAAAAUCCAAUUUAAUUCGGAGGAACAAUGGACCAAGGCCUUGAAGUUUUUGUUAACUAAUUUAAAAUGGGGACUCGCUUGGGUCAGUUCUCAAUUUACAAAAGACGAUAACGAGCAUUGAUGUAAUAAUUGAUCAUUGUGUAUUUUGUCUAUGCAACUAUUUCUUAUUUGCUUGUGUACAUCCGCUCGAUUUGUAAAUAAAAUUGUUCUAUAAAU